AUGUUCGAUUAUGUAAAACGACAUCGGUUGUCGGCACAAGGAGGUUUGGAAUCUGGAUGUUUGAAUCUGAAGGCAUUUCUAAAUCCUACGGACAACUCCAGUGCGAAGCAAGAGACGUACGGGCCUAGAAGAGGCCUGCCAGUACAUGACAUGGGUGUGUGCACGACAGAGAUGUAUGAGCUCGAGAAUGUAGUGGUGGAAUAUCUCAAGCAGGAAGGAUAUUUUGUUGGUGAGAAGAUCUACUACCAGAUGGAGUACUUACGCCAGCUGGUGAAUGGGGAGAAGCGGACGGAUGUCGUCGUGACGUGCACUGGAAUCCAUGUAUCCCGAUUCGAAGGGCUUCGUGCAUCUAUGGAAGAUAAAACAAACUCCCACAACCGUCAAAGCACUGAUGAAAUCCACGGAGCACAGGAUCCAAUUGCACACAGACCCUUUCCAAUUGGCCUGGGGGUAACACGAGUGCAAGAAGAGCACGUAUUGCUGCAUGCUGCGCAGACGACAGUGGAUGAUCAGGUGUUCCACUGGAACGUUAACACCGGGAUCACCAUAAGGACGUCAACGGGAAGUGACAAGGAGACGUUGAGUUAUAUGUUGGUUGCGGCUUUAUCUAUCCAGGAGGAUAUACAACAUAUGAGCCAGGACUCCAGCCACUGCAGGGCAGGGACCCUGGCACUCCAGGAGGACCUGCGCGUGAUCGCCCUGUUGCGCAACGAAAGCACUACUCGCCACGUGUUUAACUGGCUAGCGAACUCGAGACUAGUGAACGUCUGCAUCUCCAUGAUAUCGUUCCAUUGUGUCACUGCACCAGAUUGUGGGCUCCCGUACAUCCGCGGGUCUAUCAUUAUACUGAAUUCCGUGGCUACCGAUGGGAGCAAGAAGCAGGGCACAAAAAGACUUCGGCGCCAGUACCACGACAGGAAUGGUAAACAUUCACUGCAUGAUCACCCUUCCCAACAUAGAGGGCCAAAAAUUGAGGUUUCGGAGAUCGAUCAGAUCGGUGAUACGCACCACGGGGCUGGUUUCCGAAAGACCUUGUCCUUGCUCUUCUGCUCCGACCUCGAGGACACGGACCUUCCUCUACUUCACAAGCAUCGCUAUUUCCUUGCUGCGCUUCGGAGGGAGGAAGGAUAAAAAUGUAUGCGCGGUAAAUGAAAUGACAAAUAUAUGCGCACAGAAGUCGCCGAGAAUUAGCACAUAAGAUA